AUGCAAACAUUUUUUCUAUUUCUCAAGAGCCGUAAGCCAAUCAAAAAGGAAAAACUAUUUUCCCCCACUAUAAGUGCGCAUCAUCAUGCGUCCGACCGAAAUCAGCGGGUUAAAUAUUAUUCCGGGAUGAGCCAAUUAUACGUUCACGCCGGAUUAUUUUCUUGUCAGAUAAGCAUUGUGGGUCAAAUUGUAAAGUAUUUGGUGAAUAAUAGCAAAUACGGAACUUCUAGGCAUCCGGAAUCCAAAUUGUUGACACAGGCUAAAACUUAUUUUAUUGUUUACUGCAGGACGGACAAAAUAGUGCCCAAAAAAAUUUGUUAA